AUGUCCUCGAGCCGUGGACUCACCAUUGCUGGUCUAGCGGUAGCUGGCGGAGUUGGAUAUUAUCUCUAUAAUGCUGGUGGCGAUCCCAAGGUCGCUCAGAAGAAGUUCGAAGCCGACGCCUCCAAAAUCUCGUCCCAGAUAAAGAGUGAAGUACCGGGCAAGGAAAAGGAAGCCGAGAAGAAAGGCGAGGCCAUCGCUUCUCAAGCAGGUCAACAAUUUAACCAAGCUUCCGCUGACGCCAAAGCCAAACUCACCGAAGCCGAAGCAAAAGCAAAGGAAGUUAGUCAAAAGACAGGCAGUCAGAUCAACAGUGCAAUUGACAAGUUCGAUAAGACGGUUGAAGAGAAGGCCGCAAAGGCAAAGAGUGGGAUAAGCAGCUGGUUCGGUGGCAGCAAGUAG